AUGCUUGUCGCCUCAAUCCUGCGCAUAUACUACUGGUUCGGCAUAAACUUUGAGUUCUCCCUGCUAGUCCAAAGUGUGAUUAUGGUAUUCGUGCAGACUAUACUGCUUAAAGUCGCCCUGGACCACCGUCCUAGCAAGGCAGCUGAAGCAGGGGUUCCCUUUUCGAGUAUUAACGGACACGAUGCGGAACGCCCCUAUAACUUUUGGCAGUGGCGGCAGCAGCGGCCCUUCUGGGAGUUCCUCCUUUACUUCGUAACCACCGUCGGGAUCCUCCAACUUCUCUUCGGCACCUCGACCUUUUUUGUUUCCAUCCUCGGAUACCUAGCAUUGGGAAUCGAAGCCACCUUACCAAUCCCCCAAGUCAUUGCAAACUACCGAAAUCAAUCCUGCAAGGGAUUUCGAGUCUCCGUUAUAGUCUUCUGGUUACUCGGUGAUCUGCUCAAGGGUGUUUUCUUUACUUAUAGUAAAACUCCCAUGGUUUUUAAGCUUUGUGGGUUGUGUCAGUUUAUGUUUGAUUUGACAUUGGGAUAUCAGUAUUGGGCUUAUGCGGAGAAGGAAGGGUCCAUCGAGAUGAAGAAGAGGAGGAGUAUGCAGAUUAGUUAG